AUGGACUUCAACAACCCCUACUCCGGCUACCAAUACGGCUGGGGAAAUGUGCAGCCGCCGCUCCAGCAAACCAAGGACCAGCUGAACGCUCAAUACAACUCUGCGUUCGCCGUCGGUGAUACGUCAAAGCUGGCCACGGGACCGUUCGGUGUGGGCGUCCCACAACAAAACAAACCUCUUGGCGGAUACUGGGCGCAGCCUCAAUCGAACAAGCCGGCCCAGAAUGCCCAAAUGUCGAACUACACGCCGAUGGGCGGAUUCGCAGGCCCGUCUCCAUUCUCGAAGGCUGGCCUCGGGUUCCCGAAGAAGAGCAACAACUGGCAGGAUAAGAAGCGACAAAGCGCUGUUAAGAAACCAUACGAUCCCACCGGGAAGUCGCCUGCCAUGCUGCUGCACGAGCUUUUCAAGAAUGUCCAGGAACGCUGCGAGCCAGUCGACGCGAAGCCACCGGGACAGAUCCCAAAGAUGUAUCGCGCGAUUGUCACCGUCGAAGGAGGCGAAUAUAUUGGUGAAGGGAAUAAUAAGAAGUAUGCCAAGCAGAAAGCCGCUGAAGCUGUGCUGAAAGCCUUGCGCCCGGACAUUCAAAUCUCGCCGUGGGAAGACACCGAGAAGCCUGCCGCUCCAAAGCAAGAGCCCCCAAAGAAGAAGGCGAAGAUGUCUGAGGAGGCUACGACGGGCGUGACGACAAAGGCAAACCAGAAAGAAAAUGCUGGCAACCGGGUGCCACCGAUGGAAUCGGCGCUAUCCCUGGUCGAUCUGUUGCGGAAGAUGUGCCUGGACCACCCUGGAUUCGAAGAGAUCAAGAUGGAACACACCAACAUCACCGAGGGCGAUCAGGCCAAGGUGCCGCCGAAUAAGCACAAGUUCCGGUUCACUCUCUCGUUCCCGAACCAAAACAAAUCGUUUGUGACGGAGGGCUAUGGGAAGACGAAUCCGAAGGAUAUGGCAGUUCGCGAGGCACUGACCACGCUAUUUGGCGUCUCCGACACCGAGAUCCAAACAAUCGUCAAACGCUCGCUGGUGCCGAAGUUGGCUCAGAUGAACGCUCUCCAGGUGCUCUAUCACGUCACUGCCUCGAUGAACCGCGAGGCCACCUUCACCGUUUUGGAGAAGGAGAAAGAAGAUGUGACGAAAUUCCAGCCUGGGCCAACAGGAUACUACGCAGAACUGAUGAUAACGGAUAAGAGCAAUCCCGACCAAAAAAAUAAAAUCACUGGUGCGCCGGCCGCCUCGAAAAUGGAGGCGAAGCUGAACGCAGCCAAGAAGGCCAAUUUGGAGGUAUUCGAUAUCGAUAUGGACAAUCUAUCGACCAAGCCCGUGGUUCCUGUACCGGCAACACAGAAGCUUCAUCUUCUUCUCACCAAACUGCACCGUGGAAAAAUGCCCACCAUGGUCUAUGAAGAUCUCCCGUCCGAAACACCCGGCAACAUCCCCAACUUCCGCGUGAAAAUCAAGAUUAACGACAAGGAGGAGUUCUUCGGCGUCGGCAAGAGCAAGAAAUCCGCUAAGAACGAUGCGGCACACCAGGCGCUAAAGGGCAUCUUCAAGUUUGACUACGAUGAGACCCUCAACAACGACCCGGCUCCUUGCCUGGGCACCAGCAAGAGAUGCUAUGAGAUUGCCGAGUUCACGAAACGAGAAUACUUCCAAAUGUGUGGAUUUUACGGACUGGGACGAUGCUCGGACAUGGCGGCCUUUUAUUUGAUCAACGAGAAGGACGAAAAGCGUCUCCUUUCAAUUGGCAGCUGCAUGCAAAGCACUAUUGAGCCUGGGCUGCUAAAAUCAGCCGACGGACACGUUCUGGUGCACAUGCAGUCCAUCGUCCUGGCGCGUCGCAGCAUGAUCAAGUACUUCAUGACGGAGCUCGAGCGGCACGAGGCUGACCCUGAGUCCUGCAUUUUCAUGAAGACAGAGGCCGGCACCUUCCGUCUCAAGCCGAACCUGCGCGUGAUCAUGUACUCCACCUUCGCCCCCGACAUUCGAUUCGCGUCACCGAACAGCCCGAAUCCAAGCCUGGCUGUCUACGGAAAGGAUGGUCCCGAGCGUGCCCCCGAAGAUCAGCAAACGAUCGAGCAAGCCGUGGCCGAUGGGCCACUUCGAGUACACUGCGUCGCCGACAAGCUCUUCAAAUGGUGCCACCUUGGUCUGCAAGGUGCGCUCCUAUCCAACGUCCUCGAGCCAAUCCAACUCUCAUCCGUCUACUUCGGCUCGAUCGGCCAAUAUGAAGACGCCGAGCUUCGCCACGCCUUCUACAGUCGCAUCGGCGCUUCCGUCACCGACGAUACCGUCGUGGAGACAAGCAAGUCCACCAUCGUUCCAACCUUCACGCAGCCCCACGUGUGGACUCGUAACAUUGAACAUAUCGAGACGCUCGACUUGAAGACAGGCCGCACCAUCCGAGGCACUCCUUCACGUCUCAGCAAGGCCGAGCUCUUCGAGUCGUUCAUUCGUCAAUAUCCGGAGCUCAACUCGCACACCUACCUCGAACUGAAGCAGCGUUCCGAGAACUAUCAGACAAUGAAGGGCCAUUUCCGCAAUAAGCUCGCCGAGGUUGGCCUUGGCCACUGGCAGCAGAAGCCCGAAAGCAUCGACGACUUCAAGGCUGUUUCCGCU